AUGAUGAACUGGGAGAGGCCACAAACAGUUACAGAGGUGCGGAGUUUCCUGGGUUUGGCACGGUAUUAUCGACGAUUUAUGGAGGGUUUCUCCAAGAUGGUGAGUCCCCUAACACAGCUCACUAGAAAGGACCAGCCCUUCUCAUGGAUAGAUGAGUGUGAAGCUUGCUUUGAAGAUAUGAAGAGGAGAUUGACUACCGCACCAGUACUAGCAAUCCCUGACACGACUAAAAUAUUUGAGGUAUACUGUGAUGCCUCGUAUCAGGGGUUGGGUUGUGUGCUGAUGCAAGAUAAACGAACUGUGGCCUAUGCAUCGAGAUAG